AUGCCACGUAACUGCACAUUCGAGAUAGAUGACUUUGAAGAGGAAUGGCAGUACCCCGAGUCAUACCACUUCAGCUACAUCCAUGCCCGCAACCUGGUAGGCUCUAUAUCAGAUUAUGAUAAGUUCUUUGCACAGGCGUACGAAAAUCUGCUUCCUGGCGGAUAUCUCGAAGUGCAAAGUACCGAAGCAAACUUCUUUUCGGAUGACGGAACUCGGGAACGGGCAGUGACAGCCAACCUGUGGCAAAAAUUACUAGUAAAAGGGUAUCGGAAAUUUGGCAAACCGUUGAACGUCGAACAGACCUGGGCGGAAAAGAUGAGGGCAGCAGGAUUUGUAGACGUUGUUGAAGAAGUAAUUAAGGUGGGUAUGAUGCAGUUGGUGAUACACAAGGCUGGUGUUGUGCAAGUUGAGCUGAUCUUCCUAUGCAUAGGUGCCUGUGGGACGAUGGUCACCAGACCCAAAGAUGAAAGAGAUAGGUCACUAUCAAGCAAUGAAUAUUCAGGAGUGGCUGGAGUCUGGCUCAAUGGCAGUAUUUACCCGGGUCCUUGGUUGGACCAUGGAAGAGCUUGA